AUGCAAUGCACUGAAACUUCGAAGAGAUGGUUUGCUGCAAUAUUGGAUGUGACUUUGAUACUGGUGAUGUUCCUUUGUCCGGCCCUCGGAAUUGCAAAGGUUGAAUUAUUUAAAGGAAGUAAUGGUGAAAUUUAUUUUAACAAUAUUAUUGAAUACGGUUAUAUUAUUAUUUCAUUAAUAAUUCCAUGUAAGCAUCUACAAAUCCGUGCAAAAACAUCAAUGGGCAUUGAUCUGAAAAAUUUCUACAUUAAACUUGACAGGUGUCGUUAUCCUAAUAGUAACUUGGAAAUGCAUUCAAGCGCCGCCGGACAGGCUGAGACCAUUAUUAAUGUAAACUUCAUGCUUGGCCAAUAUUUUGGUUCGGGAUAUCAAGUAAGAUACACUGUAAAUUCACGUUACCGUCUCGAUAAGCCCACAAUAAUCAUCUCAACUUUUCAAGUCGUAUACACGGUCCUAACGAUUAACGAGAUGGGUAAUAUUCCAUUCUCGUGUCCCUCCGAUUAUCCGUACAGUUCUGAAAUAAUUCGCACUGCAUGUCAAGUUCGCACGGCAAAUUUAAUUUCCAUGUGGAUACUCGAAGCAAUUUCCAUAAUUUUUGUUGUGGCGAUAUUCGAAAAUUGGCUACCAAAACCUUGCCCACUGCAAAAAACAAAGAACAAGAACGCUUCAAUGCUCUUGAAGGAUUUAAAAAAUAGGCAUGAUAAACACAUCGCUCGCUCUAGUGAUAAAGCGUCAUUUGGCUCUAGCGAUAACGCGCCAAGCUCUAGUAAUAAAAUGCCACUCAUCAUCACUAGUUCUA